UCUAUAUAAAGAGCUGAAAAACCUUUGGCAGUCCUCUUUUGUUUUGUGCUCAAUUCUGCAGAGAUCGUCACUGCUUGAAGACGGCUUGCUGCUUUAGCGUAUCUGAUCUCUGCAAAUCAUAAUGUCUUUGGUCGCAAAUGAUGAGUUUCAGCAUAUUCUCCGUGUGCUGAACACAAAUGUUGAUGGUAAGCAGAAGAUAAUGUUCGCUCUUACCUCUAUCAAAGGUAUUGGGAGGCGAUUGGCUAACAUCGUCUGCAAGAAGGCUGAUGUCGACAUGAACAAAAGGGCUGGUGAGUUAUCUGCAGCUGAAAUCGACAACCUGAUGACAAUUGUCGCAAAUCCAAAACAGUACAAGAUCCCAGACUGGUUCCUGAACAGACAGAAAGAUUACAAAGACGGAAAGUACUCCCAAGUCGUCUCCAAUGCCCUUGACAUGAAGCUCAGGGAUGACCUUGAACGUCUCAAGAAAAUCAGGAACCAUCGUGGUCUGAGACACUACUGGGGUCUCCGUGUUCGUGGACAACACACCAAGACCACUGGUCGCAGAGGAAAGACUGUUGGUGUGUCAAAGAAGCGUUAAGCAAGCCUAUUGUUGCUAGUUACUGCUUUAUUGGAUAUGCUUCACAAGGAUCGAUUUUGAUUUAUGUUUCUUCUUCGAACUAGUGUUUCAGACACCUUUUGAAUUUAGUUUUGGAACCUUUGCAAUCUUAUGAUCUUUCUUUGUGUUACACAUGUGCCUGCUUUCUGUAUUGUUAGCUAUUAUUGUGGCUUUCAAGUUAUUACAGCUUAAACAUAAA